UCGAAGAUUAGGGUAACAAUAAACAAGUCAAAACCCACCAAACUCCAACAUACCUCAAUCCCAUUUUCACUUCAACUCAAUACUCGUCUUCUAGACAAUGUAGUGUGCAGAACCACCGCUGCUGCUGCUCUCUCUCUAGAACUCUCUCUCUCUCUGUCUCUCAAAAUAAUGUAAUGGCUCGAGCUGGGGGAAUAACGAACGCAGUGAACGUAGGGAUAGCAGUGCAAGCAGACUGGGAGAAUCGCGAGUUCAUAUCUCACAUUUCCCUCAAUGUUCGUCGCCUCUUUGACUUCCUCGUCCAAUUCGAGGCUACAACGAAGAGCAAAUUAGCAUCGUUGAAUGAGAAGCUUGAUACACUAGAACGUCGUUUGGAACUGCUUGAAGUCCAAGUGGGUACUGCAACAGCCAACCCAUCUCUCUUUACUACUUGAUGUUUAUUGGAUUGGUGUCAAUGUAGACACAUAGCUUUGCCUGAUCCUAGCAAAGAAAGGCUUGAGGCUGCAAUAAUGAAGUCGAUGGCGGUAGGGCUGGACUCUUUCUUCUCUUCUUUUUUGUUGAUGAUGAUGAUUUCGAUGGCUAAAGGUGAUGAUUGGGAAGAGAUAUUUGGUCAUUAAUUCCGGUAAUCAAUGGUGACGGCUAGUGGCAACGCAAACUAGUUGUGACGGCUAAAUUAGGGAUCACACUGGUUUGAAGAGGCGAGGCUACGUUCACGAGGAGGGACGUUAGUGAGGAGGAAGGAAAAUCAUCAUAGAAAAGAGUGAUCCCUGGAGAACAGCUGAAGGUUGGCACUUGGUAGUAACGGUUGCAAGUUGAGGUGUCAGUUGGCAUGGGAGGCUAGGGUUGUGUCUAGUUUUUGAAUGAGAAAUUGCGAUAUUAAGGUUAGUAAUGAGAGAGUAUAUACCCUUUGGCCUUUAUCCAAUGUAUCACGGAGUGUCAUAGCAUAUGUUGCUUACCAAUCAAAAUAAUAUGAAAAAUAUUUAUUAGUAAGUUACAAUUCGAUUCUUUUUUAUGGCAAACCAUGAACUGAUCAUAUUUUGUGGUUCCUUUAUUUUAGAACCGGAACUGAACCAUUCCUUCUCAGAGCCGGACCAAGCCAUAGGGUUUGGUUCAGUUUUCCACUAUGAACAGGCCCGUAUGCGCCCCAAAUUGUGGAAUUGAACUCCAUUAGCAUAACUUUACACUUAGAGCCAUUUUUCCUGCUCUGAUGAUCCUACGAUUGGAUACCUUAUGAUCUUAACAUUGGUUUUCCUGAUUGAAUUUCAGCUCAAUCUGAUGUUUAGGCUACUCUUGCCCGUGUCUUUACUGUCCCAACGAUCAGUGGUUGAGUAACUAAGAGUAACAACUGCACCGAUUUUAAUGAAUCUGUUCUAGUCUGUUUCCAAUUGCAGGAAGAUUAUGCAAUAUAGUGCCUAAACUGAAUCAAGUAGAAGUGUAGUAGCACAUAGUAGAUUCUUUUCAGCUUAAAGAAAAUCAAAUGAACAUCAAGUUGCAUUAGUCUCUUACAGGAGAGUGUGAAUCAACCUUCAUUUUCUUUUUUAUCAAUUUUCUUGUGA